AUGGGUGAAGAAAUACGAUUCGGAGUACAAGUGAUAUCAGAGCUGAAUAGCCAACUCUUGAAACCGGCAGCGGUUAAGGUGACUUUUCGCCGGAAAAACGUUCAACGGUUUCGCGUCCGGCAUUUUGGAAGGUUUAUUGAACAGGAAAUUACUCAACCGUCGAACCAGCAGGUAUCUAUUUGGAUACCUGCCGGAGAUUCUCCGGACAUCCGUGUGUUAGUAAAGACGCUUGGAUAUCGGACGAUGACUGCCAUGGGAAUACCAGAAUCCGUCCAUGCAGAGAUCAUGGAAAAAAUUACAUCAAAGUCUAACGGAUAUUGUACUUGGAUUUUGGUAGAAAUAGAGAUGGUAAGGACAGGAAGUGACUUUUUCCGGCCGUUGGAUCCGGCUGAAGGCGAAGGUGGAGGUUUUGGAGAAGGAAGGAAGAUGAUUCCGGCAACAAAAUCAUCCAUUGAAGGCUUGGAAAGAUUAGCGUUUGAGGAUGAUGAUAGCAGAGAUACGACGUGCGCGGUGUGUAUGGAAACGCUUGAUGUUGGGGUGGAGGCGAUUCGGCUUCCAUGCUUCCACCUCUAUCACCGGGAUUGCAUUGUCAAGUGGCUGCAGGUCAGCCACUAUUGCCCACUUUGCCGCCAUGAUAUGCCUGCAAUUGUUAAUCAUCAAUAG